UGUCAUUGUCAUUAUCCAAAAAUUUUGUCACAUUUGUCAUCCUGAAAACAAUCGAUUCAAUAAGCUAAAUAUAGUUUUUAAGUAUUUUUCACAUCUUUUUGGAUACAAUGGCAUUAACUCGGCUCACUCGACUUGUUACCCAAUCUAAGAAUAUCUCCAGACAUGAACAACUCGUGCAACGAAGAUCAGCAACAACAACUCCAACUGGGGCUAUUCUUCCAGAACCUGAGAAAACACCAUUCGGUCUUCUCAGCAUAGUGUGUGCUGUAGUCCCUGGCCUCCUAAUCGGAGCCGCGAUUAGUAAGAAUAUUGCCAACUUUUUGGAGGAGAAUGAAUUGUUUGUCCCUUCGGACGAUGAUGAUGACGACGAUUAAAGUAUUACUUAAAAUUAAUGCAAAUGAUCGAAAUGAAUACUUAUAUAUAGUUAAAAAUAUUUUUAAAUAAGUGCUUAUAUUUUGUUUGUUAUAGAUUUGAGGUAAAGACAGUAAAACUCAAUGAUGUUGGAUAGUUUUUUUUAUUUAAAAGUUAUGAAAGCUACAUUGAUGCAUAAUUUUGUGCUCAUGUCAUUGAAUUCUCAAUAACUUAUGCUAAGAUAUUUAUAAUGUGUUAACAAUUCCUGUUGUAAAACAUCUUAAUUUAUAUAUUUACAAUAUUUAAUUUGUAAGUACAGACAAUUACAAACAUUUACAGCAUCCUAUGUACAGUUGACUGAAGUGAUAAAUGGCGCAGUUUAUAAAUGCACAGUACAAUGCAAAACAGAGUAACUCCUAAGCAGUUUCUGCUCACCUAGUCAAUGUUACUCUUGAUAGCAAUAAGGUAUGACAGUAAUCUCAUCUCACUUGUUUAUUUUUCUAAGUUGAAAAUGGCAAAUAAAGUUAUUGAUUGCAAUAAUCAGUCUUUUAUUUAAAGAUCAACAUCUUUUGAAAAGCCUAGAUUAAUGUGAAUAUCAAGCUCUACCGAA